GCAACUCCUUCAGCCAGCUCCAAACCUACAUUUCGAUGGGUCGUCGACUGUCCAGAGCUCAACCGUCGUCUCAGGUCUCAUCAAUCAUGACCGAGCUCUGGGAUAAAAUGAAGAUAAAAGUCACGGUACAGAAAUAUUAUAAAAGAUGCGUCUCAGAAAGUCGAGACUAGGACCAUUACAGCUGUAUUGCACAUCAUCCUCGAUUUCCAUUCAUCAUGGAUUUCUCUUCCGCCAACGUACCCAUUUCUCGUGAAACAUGGGCUCCUCGAUCCCCGCCUCGAGGCGCACCUACUCAACCUUCCGCACCUUCAGGCAACGGACAUGCUGAUGAAUCGCGGGAUGGAGAACGAGGGGGUUACGAUAGCAGACCUUCUAGAGGCGAAGAUUAUGACGGCAGAGAUUCCAGAGACUCUAGAAGGGACUACGACAGUCGGCCUCCUCCACCUCGAGACGAUUCGUACAGGAGGGAUGAUCGUCCGUCUUACAACGGUCGAGACGCAGGAGGUCAAGGAGGACCUCGUCGACCAGUUCAUGCUCCUGCCAAGGUCGACCCCAAUCCCGUCCUUGGUGUAUUUGGUCUCUCCAUUCGAACGAGGGAACGAGACCUCGACGAUGAGUUUUCCCGAUACGGAGAGGUUGAAAAGGUCGUCAUUGUGUAUGACCAAAGGACUGACCGGUCUCGAGGAUUCGGAUUCAUUACUAUGCGAUCUACUGCUGAUGCUGAGCGAUGUGUCGACAAGCUCAAUGGGUUCAUGUUGCAUGGAAGACCCAUCCGUGUCGACUUUUCCGCCACGCAAAAGGCUCAUCAACCUACUCCUGGGCAGUACAUGGGCGAAAAGAGGCCUUUGAGGGAUGAUCGGGGUUACCGACGAUACGAUGAUCGACGAGAUGACAGACGAUAUGAUGACCGACGAGACCGAAGGUAUGACGACCGAGGUCGCGACAGAGAUUACUCGUCACGCCGAGACCACGAUGACCCCUACGGCGGUCGAAGCCGUCGUGAUGAUGACCGACGAAGAUCUCCAAGUCCGCGACGAGCAAGACACUCGCACUCUCCAGAUCGCCGCGCUCCUCCCCCUGCAAGAGAGUAUGAAGCUGCUGCGCCUGCUGGUGAUGCUUCAAGGUACUAGAAGUCAGAAAGCAAACGGUAGAGGCAAACUUCUACAGAAAAGGAAAACUUGCCAAAGCGCAACAUGUAAAGAUCGUCGUUCUCCUGCUUCCAUUCUUCAACUCCAAAACAACUAUUCUCGAGCCUCAACGCUGCAGACAAAGCCUUUUCCAGUCCUUCAACGUGUGCAUAUCAUCCAACCGACACUUUGUUACAACAAGCCUUUUCAUUCUUUGCUGCGCUCGUUCCUUCUUUCAGGGUCACCGUGAAUACGGUCUUUUACCCACAGCUGGAAG